AUGAGGCAUACCUCCAAAGUUUCCCACCAAGUUAUUCAAGAGUACAAUGAGAUGAUCCAGGAUACAGCAUAUAAUCUUGAGGUCCAUCUGCAGCAAAUUGACGAGAAAAUGACUACAGACCUGGAAGAUGAGAGAGAAGUGACCAAACAAUGCCUUCGUGUUUGUGAAGACGCGAAAUCUUAUAUCGAAUCCUUGACGAAUCGAGAAACUCAUCUAUUGCAAGGGGAAGGGUCGCCCCAGACCACUGCUGAAUAUGAUAUGCGGCAAUUCUUUGAAGCGCAGCUGUUAACACGCCAGGCUCUGUAUGAAAAUCGGGAUAGCUUCGCACAGAUCAUCAGCCGCCUUGGGAAACGCCUAGAGUCCCUGGAAGAUACCAAUACCCCGAAGCAGUGUCUUGAAGUGUGCAAGGUGGCUAGUGAAGUUUCCCGUCAGAAGAUAUAUAGAAUUGGGGAGGUGACUGCCGAUGGUGACAGCGAUCAAGUAGUGGUAACUACUUUGGCGGAUUUAUUCGAUAUCAAGAAAGCUCUGUCUAAGGGCAAUUCAGCGCAGUUGGUUGGCUCAAUGACGGAUGAGUCUCUUCGGCAUCUGGCUGAGAAACGUUAUACUAGUCGUUUUGGAGCUUUAGCCAGUGACCUCGACUCUAUUGAAGCCGGCACCACCAACUCGUCUUCAAUCUUCGAGACUCCAAAGAAUAAACAUGCUUUUUCGUCUCAAACUCCUGGGCCGGAAACAAGAUGUAAGAGGCCAUCCUCCAACGAGAUGAGAAAACGGGCAACAGGCGGUGCAACAGGCUAA